UCAACCUAGAGGUAAGAAGGGGGAGAAAAGGAACGCCAGACCAACUCUGUCAUUUCCAGUAAGAAGUUGCAGACUUGAUGUAGCUGCCUCUGCUGUGGUGAGAGAGGGAUGGAAAUUGUGUGCAGUGCAGAGUGGAAAAUACUCCCCAUCUAAAGAAGUGCACCGGAUUUUUGCUUGCUGCUUGUUUGCGCUGUUGCGUGUGCGUUAAGCACCCGAAGGAUCGCCGCUUAAUAGAAAUGAAACAUGGAGAGGAUGACUAACGACGGAACUGUGAAUUUGUUCCCUGGAGUUGCUAAUUUGCCACCCCGAAGCAACACAUAUCUCAAGGAGGAAGCGUUUGGCUGCUGCUGAUUUCUCCAAAACUGGUGGUUUACCAGAUGCAUUGUGCUGUAUCUGCUGGAACAGAUCAUUGCUUAGCUGCAGCAGAUCAUCAAAGGUAGACAACCAACUGCUGUCUCCAAAUAAGAAAUGAGAUGUAAUGCAUCCUGCAGUCCAUGCAUGCCUCCUCUUGCAAAUUGCGCAUCAUUUCUGUGUGGAAACCUUUAAGUCCUAAAAUCCAGGAAAAGACAAUAAAAACAUUAUCAUGGACCUGAGGGAAUUUUACUUGUUGACCGCUUUGAUUGCCUGUUUAAGGCUGGAUUCUGCUGUAGCUCAAGAACUUAUUUACACUAUUAGAGAGGAGCUGCCUGAAAAUGUCCCCAUAGGAAACAUACCAAAGGAUCUGAACAUUUCUCACAUCAAUGCUGCCACGGGGACCAGUGCCAGCCUUGUCUACAGACUGGUGUCUAAAGCAGGGGAUGCCCCUCUGGUCAAAGUGUCCAGUACCACCGGGGAGAUCUUUACAACAUCAAACAGAAUAGACAGAGAAAAACUCUGCGCUGGCGCUUCCUAUGCAGAAGAAAAUGAGUGUUUCUUUGAACUUGAAGUGGUGAUUCUCCCCAAUGACUUUUUUAGGCUGAUCAAGAUAAAAAUAAUUGUGAAGGAUACUAAUGACAAUGCACCUAUGUUUCCAUCCCCUGUCAUCAAUAUCUCCAUACCAGAAAACACUCUGAUCAACAGUCGCUUUCCAAUCCCAUCAGCAACAGACCCUGAUACAGGUUUCAACGGUGUGCAGCACUACGAGUUGUUGAACGGGCAGAGUGUCUUUGGCCUGGAUAUCGUAGAAACUCCAGAAGGAGAGAAAUGGCCUCAACUGAUUGUGCAGCAGAACUUGGAUAGAGAGCAAAAGGACACCUACGUGAUGAAAAUCAAAGUGGAGGAUGGAGGUACCCCACAGAAAUCCAGCACAGCUAUCCUGCAAGUCACAGUAAGUGAUGUCAAUGAUAACAGGCCAGUUUUUAAAGAGAGUCAAGUAGAGGUUCAUAUACCAGAGAAUGCGCCUGUAGGCACUUCUGUAAUUCAGCUUCAUGCUACAGAUGCAGAUAUAGGAAGCAAUGCAGAAAUCAGAUAUAUUUUUGGUGCCCAAGUUGCGCCUGCGACCAAAAGAUUUUUUGCUUUAAACAACACCACAGGGCUGAUCACAGUUCAGAGGUCCUUAGAUCGGGAAGAGACUGCUAUUCACAAAGUGACAGUGCUGGCUAGUGAUGGCAGCUCUACACCAGCUCGGGCAACUGUGACCAUCAAUGUCACUGAUGUAAAUGAUAACCCUCCGAACAUAGACCUCAGGUACAUAAUAAGUCCCAUCAAUGGCACAGUGUACUUAUCUGAGAAAGAUCCUGUCAAUACAAAGAUUGCCCUAAUUACAGUUUCAGAUAAGGACACUGAUGUGAAUGGCAAAGUGAUCUGUUUCAUUGAGAGAGAGGUCCCCUUCCACCUGAAGGCAGUUUACGACAACCAGUAUUUGUUAGAGACCUCUUCCUUGUUGGACUACGAGGGCACCAAAGAAUUCAGCUUUAAAAUUGUUGCUUCUGAUUCUGGCAAGCCCAGUUUGAACCAGACUGCCCUGGUAAGAGUUAAGCUGGAGGAUGAAAAUGACAACCCUCCGAUUUUCAGCCAGCCUGUAAUUGAGCUGUCAGUUUCUGAAAACAACCGUCGCGGUCUAUACUUAACAACUAUUAGUGCCACAGAUGAAGACAGUGGGAAAAAUGCAGACAUUGUUUAUCAGCUUGGCCCUAAUGCCUCCUUUUUUGAUCUGGAUCGAAAGACGGGAGUUUUGACAGCCUCCAGAGUUUUUGACAGAGAAGAACAGGAGCGUUUCAUUUUCACUGUUACAGCCCGAGACAAUGGCACCCCUCCUUUGCAGAGUCAAGCAGCUGUAAUUGUUACUGUGUUGGAUGAAAAUGACAACAGUCCCAAAUUUACUCAUAAUCAUUUCCAGUUUUUUGUAUCAGAGAACCUACCAAAGUAUAGCACUGUGGGGGUGAUCACGGUGACUGAUGCAGAUGCUGGGGAAAACAAAGCGGUGACCCUUUCUAUUCUCAAUGACAAUGACAACUUUGUGCUGGAUCCCUUCUCUGGAGUUAUAAAGUCCAAUGUUUCUUUUGAUCGAGAACAGCAGAGCUCCUAUACCUUUGAUGUCAAGGCAGUUGAUGGAGGGCAACCUCCUCGCUCUUCUACAGCAAAAGUGACCAUAAAUGUCAUGGAUGUUAAUGAUAACAGUCCUGUUGUCAUCUACCCGCCUUCUAAUACUUCUUUUAAGCUGGUGCCACUCUCAGCAAUUCCAGGAUCAGUGGUAGCAGAAGUGUUUGCAGUGGAUAUCGACACCGGAAUGAACGCUGAACUGAAGUACACAAUAGUGAGUGGAAAUAGCAAAGGUCUGUUUCGGAUUGAUCCAGUGACAGGUAACAUCACUCUGGAGGAAAAGCCAACUCCUAAUGAUGUGGGGCUGCAUCGCUUAGUUGUCAACAUAAGUGAUUUGGGUUAUCCCAAAUCUUUGCAUACUCUUGUGCUUGUUUUUUUGUAUGUAAAUGAUACUGCUGGAAAUGCCUCUUAUAUUUAUGACUUGAUACGCAGGACUAUGGAAACGCCUCUGGACAGGAACAUAGGAGACAGUAGCCAACCCUACCAAAACGAGGACUAUCUCACAAUCAUGAUUGCUAUUGUGGCAGGUGCCAUGGUUGUCAUAGUGGUGAUAUUUGUCACUGUUCUUGUUCGCUGCCGGCAUGCAUCCAGAUUCAAAGCCGCCCAGAGGAGCAAACAAGGUGCUGAAUGGAUGUCUCCCAAUCAGGAGAACAAGCAAAGCAAGAAAAAGAAAAGGAAGAAAAGGAAAUCUCCGAAGAGUUCUCUUUUGAACUUUGUGACCAUUGAGGAGUCCAAACCUGAUGAUGCAGUUCAUGAACCCAUCAACGGGACAAUAAGCCUUCCAGCGGAGCUGGAGGAGCAAAGUAUAGGAAGAUUUGAUUGGGGCACAGCACCACCAACAACCUUUAAGCCUAACAGUCCUGAUCUUGCCAAGCAUUACAAAUCUGCCUCUCCUCAGUCUGCUUUUCAUCUCAAACCUGACACUCCCGUUUCAGUGAAAAAGCACCACGUGAUUCAGGAACUCCCUUUGGACAACACCUUUGUUGGUGGCUGUGACACCCUUUCCAAACGCUCUUCCACUAGUUCAGAUCACUUCAGUGCCUCAGAGUGCAGUUCCCAAGGAGGCUUCAAGACAAAGGGCCCCUUACACACCAGACAGGCACUGAAAUUUGGAGAUAUGCCGAAGUACUUGUGGGAGAUUUGGGUACCUGACAAACCAUGGGUGUCCCAGCGCCGUGUUACAUUUCACCUCCCCGAUGGCUCCCAGGAAAGCUGCAGUGACAGUGGUCUGGGAGACCACGAGCCGGUGGGUGGUGGAACCCUGAUCUCACACCCUCUCCCUCUGGUUCAGCCGCAGGAUGAGUUCUACGACCAGGCCUCACCAGACAAGAGGACUGAAGCUGAUGGCAACUCCGACCCCAACUCGGAUGGGCCUCUUGGGCCAAGAGGAUUAGCUGAAGCGACAGAGAUGUGUACUCAAGAAUGCCUGGUUUUGGGUCAUUCAGAUAAUUGUUGGAUGCCUCCCAGCCUGGGUCCAUACCAACAGCCAAAGUCUCCUAUGUCUACCUUUGCAUCUCAGAAAGAAUGGGUUAAGAAGGACAAAUUAGUUAAUGGACACACACUGACCAGGACCUGGAAAGAAGAUAGCAACAGAAACCAGUUCAGUGAUAGAAAGCAGUAUGGUUCCAGUGAAGGCCAUUUCAACACUGGCAAUCACAUGACUGAUAUUCCUCUGGCCAACUUGAAGUCUUAUAAACAGGCCUCAGGAGCUGCUGAGAGUCCAAAGGAGCACCAGCUAUAAGAAACGGUUACUUUGGGCCAAUGACUUUAGCCUACUUAGACUUGCUAAUACUGUUUGUGUGUCAGAGCUUUAUGUACUGAGUAGACCUCUAGAACUAUGCUUUGCCUAGCAGAGAUAUGCAUAUCUUUAUGUUAGCACCGUGGAAGAUAUGAUGUCCUGCAAGAUGAAAGAGUUCCUACUAGUUGUGUGGUUUUGUUAAAUAGACAUGAUUAAACUCUGCAGCAAUCUCUCCAGUUUGAGAAUAUUCUUUUAUUGUUUGGUUUGUUGUGUUUUGUUUUUUUUUUUGACCCUGGACUGCUGCUAUGAACAACAGAAGAUACAUUUUGAGAGUGGGAGAGCGAGAAAGCUCAUUGGAUUGAAAUGAUUGAAAAGAAUAUCCAGUUAGAAAAUUGUGCUUUUGUUGUCAUUGAUCUAUGCUGGGACCAUUAUACUUGAGAACAUAUAGCAAACAAAACAACUGAAACUGUAAACAUUAAACCUAUUGUGCUAUUAAUGCUAGUGGACACUUAUAAGUCAAUCAGUGUUCAAAUACUUGUAAAUAGAAACAAUUAUUACUUACAAAAUUUGUGUACUUAUAACAUUCACUUGAAAAGAUACGGUAGCAUAUUUCUGUGUUUCAGAGUUGCUUUUUACUUUCUUCAUUUGCUUCCUGUUGUUUUGCUUUCAUUUUCAGUGAUGGUGUUUCUGUGUUAGUAAUCUGUCUGACACACAGUGUUCCAAGGAACUCAAAACACUUGUGUUAAAAGGAGAAAAAAAAAUAAAAAAUAAUAAUAAAAAAAAGAUUGAUGAGGUGAGAGAGAAGGUUGCUGGUAGAAAGGAGAGCAAGAAGAAAAAUGUUUUUUUCUUUCUAGUAGUAGCGAGUGAUGCAGGCAUUAAGGUAGUUUUUUUUUGUUUGGUUGGUUUUUUCCAAAUAUUAAGCAGAGAAAGGGCAUGUGUAAGGGCUUUAAAAAAUUGCAACUUUUUUUUUAACUUCCAUUCUGUUUCAUAAAACAGGGAAACUGCAGAACAGAGGAGUAUUUAGAUUCUUGUUGAUACAGUGAGUAAGGGAGAAAGCUGCUAAUAUGGAAUCCUUGAUCAAGUUAGCUUCAGCCUGGAAUUUAAUGAGUGGCAGCUGACAUUGAUCUCAGCUGGAAUUUAUGAAGGAAAUUAUAGAGGAAGAAAAUACAAUAAUCAUGUUUUUCCAAUUGGGCAAGUGUGUGUCUAUACUUAAGACAGUUUGUAUUGCUGAAACAGCAGCAUUUGUGUGGAUCUUCAUCUGCGUUAAUGUUGUAGUAACACGAGCGUUUUUAGACCAUAGCCAGAGAAUAUUUAAUGUGUUGUGCCUUCAUGAUGUAACAGAGCAUUCUCCUGGUAGGCUAGUUGGGGGAAAUAAAGGGUUAAAUCUCUAAUUAUUGCUGUUUAAUUGUUUGUUAUCAUAGUUGGUCAAUGCCUGGCAGGUACCAGUAUCAUGUCACCUCCGUCAAACCAGCAGAGUGACUACUAAUGUUAAUAAGAUCUAAGUUGCACGCAAAGCAAAUCCAAGUCCAAACAUUCUUAGAUUGUUUUUGUUAAAGCAUGACAGAUUAUUUACACAAAUAAAUAGCAUGCAAAAGUUUAAAAAACGUCCUUGCAGAAAAAUAUAAAAAAGCAGAAGUUAUGCCACAGUGAAACAUCAAUCUUAAAAUAACAGUUAAAUAACCUGAAGGUGAUUUUAUUCUUACCACAAACACAUUAUUUUUUUCUUCUUUAUUCUUUUGUACAUAGUAAUUCACAUUAUUUUCUUCUUCCACAUUAUAAACGGCAUUAAAUGGGUUAGGGGUGCAUUGCUUAUUGCAGUACUUAUGUCAGUUUGUGAGGGGUGUUUGAUGACUUUGACAGAAUAAAUAUCUAACCAGUUAUCCUUGUUACUGCUUUGCCAGUUCAACAUUAUUUAGUUAUUGAGCUCUUGCAAUAAAUGUUCUGAAUUCCUGAUUGUGUUGUGUUAGUUCUUGGGCAGAUGCCUAAGGGACAUGAUUCCUGUUGUUUCUUUUGUUAUUUGUUUGCUUCAUUCUGAAUUUCCAGGUUUUUGUUUAAGCAUAUCAUGGUCCAUUUGGUUCUCAUAGAUAUGUAUUAGAAUGGAAUAUACACAAAUGAUAAAUGCUGAGGGCCAUAUUCUGUUGUUCCUCUAGUAAGUAGGAGUUUGUUUAAAAGGAUUAUUUAAGUAGCAUAAAGUUUUACUUACCCAGAACAAAGAUGACAUAAUCUGGCCCAGAUUAAUUAGAUAUGCAUAAAUACAUGUAAUAAGCAUUCUUUCACAAGUCUUUGUACAGCUAGCUUAUGGAAAGGUUAGCAUUUAGCACAGGUCAGUGUUCCUUUUGAGAACAGAGAAAACACAGCAAAUACUUUCUUACAAGAAAGUGUGCAAGAUUAUAUAAUGACUUUUGUUGCAGCGUGGUGGAGGAAAAAAGGCAAGCAAUCUUGAAAAAGAAGUAACAGUAAAAGUAACCUAUUUUUGAACACGCUGAGUUUCAAAGUAGAGGUGCAUCAAGUUCUAUAUUAAAACUAGAAAUACCAUAAAUAUUUGCAAACUCAAAUAACACCAACUAUUUUAAGUGCCUUUUUAAACAGAUUAUAUUUGAAAAAGAAAUCUCUGAAGGACAGAAAUUUACUUCUUCACAAAUCAGAACUCACAAUGAUGCUAAUAAUGCCACAGAAAGAGAGAGUACUAUUUUGCUGCCAUCAACCUGUGUAGGAAGAGCACAAAUAAAUAUGAUUGAAAUUUCUUGCAGGUAAUUUCUUUCCCAUCUUGGUUUUUUUUUUUUUUUUUUUUUUUUUUUUAAUAGUUCUAAAUCCUUAAAGCCUCAACUAACUUUUAUAUACUUAUCAUAUUAAAUCAACAAAACAAACAUGCAAGAAAUAAAGAAAUAAAUACCUCUAGCAAUGAGGACUCAAUCCCAUCUGUAAACCAAUGGGUUUCACAGCGCCUGAAAUUGGCUCUAAGCCUAUAUUCAGAAUGUACUCAUUCCUUUUGGUCAACCAUGAAUAUUAGUACUGCUGUAUAAAACAGAAAAAUAAGAAUAUAUAUAUGUAAAUCAAAGUUAGAUAUUGAUAGGAAUUUAGUGAUAUUCCAGACGAGAGACUUUAAAAAUAAAAAGCUAAUCCCACUGCACAGAAUUAGAAGGUGGCUGAACCUUACUGAAGUUUUCUACAUAUCUUCGAAGUAAAAGAUAACUUAAAAUUAUUGGUAAGCUGGCAUGAUAUGGAUGCCAUUCUCAUGCCAGUUCUAGCUUUGUUUCUUCAGAUAGGAAGAUUUAUUUAUCAUUGUUAUUAUUUUACGUACACAUUUGAAAGGACUACUAAAAAGAUAAACUUUUUUUCAAAGUUUCAUUAUUUUUAUUGUUGCUGACCAAAGCUCUUUAUCUAAAUAGAAAGUUUAUGGAUUUUGUUAAUCCUUAAUCUCUGUCUGUGUGAAACUCUUACUAUUUAGAACAUCUUUCCCAAGCAAUUGUCUUGAAAGACAAAAAUGUAUAUGGAGCAGAAUUAAGGAGUGCUUAUAUUAAGGAGAACAUCAAUUUUAAUAGAUAUGAAGACAAUGAUAAUGAUCACAUUAUUUAUCCAAUGUGGUGAUUAUCUUUUAGCAAGUUAUGAAUAGGAAUCAUGAUCAGAAAGAAUAUUAGGACUUGACCAUAGAUUAGACAAGACUAAUAGUAGUUUAGAAGUUUAGGGAUACCUCUAAAAUGGGUUACAAAAAUAUUCCUAAUUAUAUAGGAACACUGCAGUGCUAUUAUAUCCAGUCCAGACAGAAGAACAAGUACACUGUGGUAAGACUAACUUGCUGAGACCACAAAAUAUUUACCUGAUUCAGAUGAUAGAUCUUCCUUCUGACAUGUAGACUUGCCCUGAGAAAGAUGAACAGUAAAAGUUCUCUUGAGCAUGUGUGCUCACGUGUGCCAAUUCAGAUAGUGAAAGCAACUACGUACUCACAGCAUCAUCUCUAAAUGCUAAGUUAUUUCUUCUUUAAUACAGUUAGGCAUAAUUGUAUUUCAAAACCUCAAUUUUAUUUAAUUUAUAUGCUUCCUGUCCUUUCUGCGGUGUAGAAAGUUUUCAUAACCAAUUCUGGAGCUGUGCAUCAUGUUUUACUCUGUAGGAAACAUGAUACAAUAUCACUCAGAGAUGUAAAUCAGUUAAAUUUAGUGGAAAGUCAAGCUCAGAAUAAAUUAAUAUUAGAUUUUCAACAUUCACUGCUGGUCACUUUUGUGAACGUACCCAUCAAAUAUAAUUAUCCCAUAACACUGCGCCUCUUUUUUUUU